CAUUCAAUGUAUAGUAUUUUUUCCUACUGAUGAUCAAUAGCUGCAGACAUUAUGUACUAUAUACGGUGACCAUCAUGUUGAAGAUCAAUGAUUUUCGUGUCGAUUUUUCCCGUGAAAGAUCAGCGGUCGCAUUGUUAAUAGAUGUUACAAGUUGUAAUCAUAUGUUGUUGCGUAAAAUGUGUUAAUUGCAGUAAAAAUAUAUUAUAGGUUUACUGCAAAGAAAUCUUUAAUAGACAUAUGUACAUACAAUUUUCUGGAAUUUCUCCAGAGCAACCAACCAAAUCUAGUCAUAGAUUUAAGGAUUAAGUUUAAGUCAAGUCGAGAGCUGUCCGAACGAGUAUCAGCAAAAUGUCCAUGACAUCGCUGGGUAUCAGUACUGGUUUUAUGAUCGGUUAUUGUGUGCUUGCUCAAACUGCUCGACGUCUAGCCAAGCGCUUUGUGGAUCGGGAAGGCAUUGUGCCGACACUCAUAAAUGAAGCCAUCGCUGCAGCAGAAUUGUGCGCCUGCUGUUUUGAGUUAAUCAUUGUGGCCGAUAAUUUCGGUGUUGCCGCUUAUGCCGUCUUCCUAUUUAUGCUUACCGUUUGGUGGGGUAAAGUUUGGGGUGAUGCUUCAGCCUGUCCGUAUACUCACAUGGAGGAUUUGGUCGAGGGCAAAACGUCGUUAAAAGAGGUGGCAUUGCGGACAUGGGCCGAGUUGAUGGGUGGUUGCUGCGUUUACCGCAUAGUGCAGGUGUUUUGGUGGUUUGAAUUUGCCGAGACACAUAAGGGUCGUGCUUUCGAGGAUUGCAACGCUGAUUUGCAGGUUCAUCCCUAUCUGGGAGCAGCUAUCGAAGGAUUCGCUACCCUCCUCUGCCGUCUCGCCUCCAAAGCACUUAGCGAAAAAGAACCGAAAUUCAGCAGCAUCAUUGACUCCUUCAUUGGUACCAGUUUAGUGGUUGCAGCAUUCAACUACUCAGGCGGUUACUUCAAUCCAGUACUGGCAACUGCACUCAAAUGGGGCUGUCGUGGGCACACCAAUGUCGAACAUAUCAUAGUCUAUUGGAUCGGCGCAUGCGUUGGCGCCUUAUUGUCGGUACCAAUAUACCGAGUACCUCUUGUGAGGCGCUUCUUGGUGGGCGAACAAAAGGAAAAAGAAGAAUAAAACUACACGAGGGAACUCAGAGGAAAAUGUUGGUCACAAAAUUAAGUGAAAGCUCUUCAUUUGAUAAUUUAUCCCACCUAUCUGAUUUUUAGUGAAUAUUUAUGUUCGUAGAGGAAUGAUUGGCUUUUUUGAUUUCUUAAGGAAAGGCUUUUUACAGAUUACAUACUUUUGUUGUUAUUGUUAUUGUGUUGAUUAUUUUAUAAAAUUAAGUUAGAAAAAUAUUUGUGAGAAUAUUUGAAAUUUGAAAUUUCAAGAAUUGAAACACAUUGGAAUCAAGUUUUGUAAUUAUACAUAUGUAAUAUAUAUUCGAAUAAACAAAAUAUAUAUGUGUGUAUAUAUAUACAAA